AUGUCGGAAACAUUCACAAUCCACUACUUCGCCACAGCGUCCCAAUACACCUCCAAGCACACAGAAUCGCUACCUGCGCCGCUGAAGCUGUCCGCCCUUUUCGGUGAACUGGAGCAGCGAUACCCCGGCAUUGUCCCCAAGGUCCUAUCCAGCUGUGGUGUCAGUCUGGAUGGGGAGUAUGUGGACGUCGAGGAGGAUGUCGGGGUUGUGAUACAGGCUGGGAGUGAGGUGGCUGUGAUCCCGCCUGUGAGUUCGGGGUAG